AGCUCCUCUGCGCGCCAGCGCUCUGGCGGGUGGGGAAGUGGUUAAGGCUGGCUGCCCCCGUAGGGGCGCAGAGUCUAACGAGAUCAAAGGCCGCUGCCCCGCCCGCCUCAAGGCGCGCGCCGGGGUCACGUGCCCCUUCGGUGAAUGGGGAGGAGCUGGCUUGCAGGGGGCCCAGCACUAAUCCGGACCCGAGCCUUGGUAGCUGUCGGAGCCAUGCUGCGGAGCUGCGUCUCACGACUGCGCACGCUUGCGGUUCUGCGCGGCCCGCCCGGAGUCGCGCCUCUGCCGGCGAAGGACCCGUGGUCGCCGCGGGUGAAUCCCGGAGCCGGGCGGCGGGAGCGGGCGGCCAAGCCAGGCUGCGUCAGGGGUGACCCGAGGUCAUUUUCUUCUGAGGUCAUUCAUAUGGACCUUUCUCUCCCCAACCCCAGUUGGAACGAGGACAUGAGACUUCUCUUUGACCAGUUCAUGAAAAAAAGUGAAGACGGCUCUUGGAAACGUUUGCCUUCAUAUAAAAGUAAAUUUACUCAAAGGACUGAAGACAUCAAAAUCUAUUUUCCUGACGCAAAGCUAAUGAAAGAAAAACUGUCACAGGCCCAGCUCUUUCCCAGAAGCCUUGAGGAAGGCCUGGGCUUUGAAUAUGCAAUGUUCCAUAAUUGUGUUGAAGACAGGACAGUUUGCAUAUUUCAAGGAGGUCCCUACCUGCAAGGAGCACCUGGAUUCCUUCACGGAGGUGCCAUUGCAACCAUGAUUGAUGCUACUCUUGGUACGUGUGCUGUAGUAGCCGUAGGAGUUGCCAUGACUGCCAGCCUCAACAUCAGUUUUAAAAGGCCUAUCCCCCUUGGUUCUGUUGUUGUGAUAAAUAGUCAAGUUGAUAAAGUUGAAGGAAGGAAAUUGUUUCUUUCUUGUAAUAUCCAAAGUGUGGAUGAGAAGACCGUGUACUCAGAGGCAACAAGUUUAUUUGUAAAGCUAGAUCCUAAAACAAGGUUGACAUAAACGAGCUUCUGGUACAUUCUACACCAGUCUGCGUUAGGGUCUCCUUCCCCCAGAAGAAGCUGUUGUGCCACUCCUGCUCUACUUACCUGCCAUUGAGUCCCCCAGAGGGUGAAGCCUGCUAACACACCUUCCUGAACAGAUCUUCAGAAUACAAUUCCAGGGACUCUGGUGCCAUCUUCUAAACUCUUCAACACAGAAGUACUCCUUGUGAGAGUGGCAGCAAUUAUUUGUGUCUCCUUAGGAUAAGUGUCUGGUUCACGUGACUUUGAAUGGGUUCCUUAAGGCUGCACAAGCAUGCCUUGUGCACAAGCACAAGCACAUGCACAAGCAUGUCUGCCCCGUUGCUGCCUGGAGAGAAAACUCAUACUGAAACUCUUACCACAAACUUGGAUAUGCCAGAAAACCAAAGGAAGUAAUGAGGUAUGUGUGCGUGUGUGUGUUAUAAAUUACAAAGCUAGCUUUAUUGUAUCCAAACAAAUCUUUUUGGCUACAGUAGGAAGUGCAGCUAGUUCCUAUUGGAAUGAAUAACUCAACUCUGGAUCCUAGAGAAUAAACAGCUGUACGAUUUUU